AUGCAUGCACAAGACUGCAGCUGCACCCACGAGGCCCACCAUGGCGGCCGGAGAGGUGGCAACCAGAGGAGAGUUUGGUGCCAAAACGACGAGGCAGUCAUGGUUGAAAGGAAAGGAGACGCUUACCUAUGGUUCCAAGGAGCUCUAACAAAGACAGAAGUUGGAGAAGACGAGGAUCUUAAACACGCUCACGAAGGCAACUCAAAACUCAAGAAAGAUCCCAAGAAAAAGGAAGUAGGCUUCGGUUCAAUCUGGGAUCAAACUAUCCUCUUUUCUUUGACUGUGUCAAGCCACUUCUCUGAUUGGUGGGAGACUCUUGUGAAGUAA